UACACCCAGGACUUAAGUCAGGGUGGCCGCUCACCUUAAAGUAGAAGAAUUGCGCAUAUCACCCCUUGAUUGGGGUACCAGAUAGAGUUGGAUGAGCUGCCGAGCCUGAUGGUCACAGGAGCGUGUCAACGCCCUGUAGAAACUGGAAUACUUGUGAGAAAAAAGACCAAUGGAUCCAGGCGCUGCUCUAUCCAGGUAUACACAGGAUGCAGAAAGCCUGAGGCUGCUGGUCAUCAUCUUUUUAGAGACUGCCAUCAUCAUGGAUCGAUAUCGAUAUUUUAUAUUCAACCAACGGAGUAUGGUGGUGCUUGGAAUCCUCCAAAUUGCAUUUGCUGGUGUGUCGGUGGUAUGUGGCUUUAUGGACGGAGCCUUUCGUAAAGAAUCUACAUUGGGGAAAACUAGAGCCCCACUAUGGGCUGGAAUGAUCAUGGCUGUUCCUGGUGUGCUGGCUUUAUUUUCAUCCCAGAAGAAAAAUCCUAUUCUAGUCAAUGCACUGAUUGCGUCUGCAGUUUUUUCAUGUUUCACCACCUUCAUCAUUAUUGUCUAUGCAUGUCUUACUCUGUCCUAUGGAGAGGAUGAUGAUGACGUGUUCGCCCAUACACCUGUACAUGUUAUUCACACAAAAUUCAUACUCGGGCAGUUUGUUCGAGGAGCAAAUAUUGCUAUGCUUGUGGCAUCAUUCCUCAGUCUUUGUGUAGUCCUGUGCAUCGCAUUUAUGGGAUGUAGAAGUUUACCAUAUUGUAUGUGCUAUGACAACAUCACUGGAAUGGAAUGGCUACACCCUGACCAUGAACAGCCUCAAACUGUUGAACUGGUGUGCACGUUCCGUGGAGGUGAUGACAGGAUUUUCAAUUCCCCUAUGCAAUUCAUAGAUUCUGGACUGGAAACAGAAGAAGAGUUUUCUCGGCCUCCUCCAUACAUUAGACUUUCAUGACUUUUGUGAAUGUCAUCUGACCUUUUUAAAAUUAUUACAAGGCCUGGUAUAAGGCUUUUUAGGCUGGUUUCUUAUUGAAUAUUGAACCAUUCUAAAAUGUAUAGACUACUUGAAUUUUUAUGUGCUCUUUUUAAUGACUAAAAUAUAUUUUUGUCCAUAUUUGCACUGAGGCUAACUUAUGUCUGUAGUCAAAAUUACUGUAGAUUUUGUGAUGCUACACUGGUGUCCCCCUUUUUUUUUUCAAUUUUUUUUUUUUUUUUUCGGCCUUAUGUUGGUGUAUCACCAAUAUACUCGUAUGUUACCUUUCACUGACUACCAUGGGAGCCAGGAGAGCUUUAAUGUCUUCUGAAGACGUCUGAAUGACUUAUUUCCUGGGCAAAUGUGUUUUUGGAUAUUUUUAGGUUUUUGUCUAAGUGGAAUCUUCAAUAUCUGAAAUUCAUACAAAUGUUAAAAACAAAAAGCAAAGAAAAAAAACGAUUUUCAUAUUUAUAAAAAAAUCUUUACAUGUGCAAUAUGAAAAAAACUUUGUACUACUUUUUUUCUUCUUCAGCUUUUGUAGGAAAAAGGAAGCAAAUUGUCUGGAUGAUUUAAGAGUUUAUGGUGGAAGGAAAAAAAAAAAAAAAACUACCACUUACCUGCCACAGUUUUGUCUGUGAAGAUCUCUUGCUGAGUACUUCCUGUUCACCAACUUAAAACACAGGAAGUACAUACUCGGCUAAUCACAGGCUGAAGCGGAUCACUGCUGCAGCCAUUUCCUAUGUGAUGGGAAGGUGAACAGAAAGCGUCAACAGCGGGAGAUUCGUAGCAGAAGAGUUAACCCCCUCCCAUUGGGAGCUCGUGACGUCAUGAGGGGGCGGGGCUAUGAUGUCACGAGCUCCCGGCGCCCGCCCUAGGCAUUCUGAACAUUUUGUUCAAAACGCUGAGCAGCAGAUUACCCCUUUUAACUUGUAGAGGUUUAAGUAUCUGACCCAUAGUGCCUCUAAAUGUACACAUUUGGAAUCUCACUGCAUAGUUCUGUAAAGAUCCUGGCUUUGGGAUCUAGUGCUAUUUGCUUAUGGUAUCCAAUGUUAUUUGACAUUUUAUUUUAUUAACCGUAAAUCUGUUAUGUAUAGUUUCUGAAGAAAUGUAAUAAAUAAAAUCUUUCAAUAUGUUUGUAUAACAAUAUUUGCUAA